AUGGUUAGUGCCAAGAGACUUGCUCAGAUGGCAAAGAAGUGGCAGAGGAUGGCGGCCAUCGGGAGGAAGAGGCUCACCCAAACCAUAUCAGCGGCCAAAGGAGCAGCCAAUGACGAGCGAUGUGCAACUUCGCCAUCAGUGGCAAUGAAGGGCCACUGUGUCGUGUACACCGCCGACAGUGUGCGGUUUGAGGUGCCGCUGGCAUACCUCGACACGGCGGUCUUCUGCGAGCUCCUGGCGAUGUCCCAGGAGGAGUUCGGCUUUGCAGGUGGCGAUGAUGGGAGGAUCAUGCUGCCCUGUGAUGCCACGGUCAUGGAGUAUGCCCUGCGCUUGCUCCGGAGAGAUGCCUCCACAGAAGUCGUGAUGGCAUUCAUGAGCUCCAUCGCGAGGCCGUGCAGCUUCGAGGGCAGUGUGGUGGGCGUAGGGCUUAACCAGCAAGUAGCAGUUUGUUAG